AGAUGAAUAUUCACAUGCGCAAUAGGAGCAGGUCGAGUGGGCGCAAGAGCGCGUGCCAGGCAGCUGGCUGGAUGCAAAUCAUUUCCUUGUAUGGCCGGCUUUGUGUGCGCGCGUGCCUCGGCGGCAUUGUAAUGUGAGCAUAUCCAGCUGCUUUGUGUUCCAGAGAAAUUUCAGUCAGGGAUCCCCCGUUUGUGAACAAUGUGAAGAAAAUCAUGAUUUUCACAAGUUUAUUCAGGGUGGGAUCUGAUUCCUGAACGAAGCCCACAUAUGGCAUAAAUGCCUUCAAUAUCGCCUCUAUCAAGAAGGAGGUAUUCCAAAAGUUAACUGUGGUUUCUAGAAGCUGUCUUGGUAGAAUACCAGUGACUGGCUAUCUCCAUCCACACAGCAAUGGGCAGCUCUUUGUCGGGGCACAAGAGACCCGCCCAGCGCAGAAGCAAGCGAGAGUUUCCAUCCAGGCACUGGGUGCCCUACCCUCUGGGGCCCCCGAGGGGGAGAGGCGACCAGUCGGGCCGGGUGGUUAAGGCGGUAGACCUGACCAGCGUCCUCCAGCCCUGCGGCAACUUCUCCCAUGUGCCAGUGGUCAGCUGGUGGGUGGACUGCGAGUUCCUGCCUUAUGACGACUCCCGGCUGCUGACCUGCAUUGCCCUGCACGACCUUGGGGGUCAGGGGUUGCCGCCCAACCUGCCUCCCUGCACCACCAAUGGGGUUAUUAAUGUUUGGAACCUGGGCAAGCAGAACAGUGUUUCUUCCUUGGCAGGGUGCACGACGGAAAUCCACCGGAAGAGCAGCCUGCCGCACCCCCACUGUCAGAUGGCGCCGGAUGGCAGCUUCGUCUGUUACCUGGAAUCUGGCGGCGUCAUCAUGCGCAGCAUCAACAACGUGCAGCAGGUCUACAAGCGAGAGGCAUUUUUCAGGUAUGGGAUCUACCACUACUGCACUGUGUCUCCUGAUGAUAAGUACCUUGCUACCAUCACAAGACAGAGGCAUUGUUUCCAGCUCUACGUCUUCUCCAUCCAACACUUUUACUCUUAUAAGGAGGCCAAUUGCCAAGACAUCUUUCCAGAGUUCCAAUGGGACAGACACAGCCGAGCUAACAAUGAGCAGGUGGAGUGUCGCUUCUCGCCAGACAGCCAGAUGAUAGCGGUCAGCAGCUCCUCGGGUCAGCUCUUUGUGGCCAGGCGGUCUGGGCUGACCCUGUACCGUGCUGCCCUGCCCGGGGUGUGUGGGCAGCAGGCUAGCCUAGCCAAACCCCGCACCUUUGACUUUGAUCCGCGCUUCGGCCAUGAGGUCCUGGCUGCCUGCUGGUCGGACCAAAUGCUCGUGGUGUGCAACCUCGAACGAGGGACUCUCGCCUGGAAGUCGCACCUGCCAAUCUCACUCGGAAGUCCUGACUGUUUGAAAUACAACCCAGAGGGCACUACCCUGGCUGUGGCUGGGUCCCAGGCUAAGAUUGGGCUGUUCCACUCCAGUAAUGGGGAGGCCCUGGUCCUCCUGGACGGGGCCGAUCAGUGCGUCCACUUUUCCAUGAAACAGCAGCCGGCGUCGGGCUGCUAUCCCACAGUUCUGCGGUUAUCCUUCACCUACAAUGCCUCCCACUUGGCAGCUGCCUCUACGGACGGCUUUGUGCGCAUCUGGUGCCUCCCACGUAUCUCCUCACUGCAGAGCCUGUGCCGGCUAAAGAUCCUAAAGCACGUUCCACUCGAUACAGUUGGUAAGCUACCUCUUCCCAAGAAGCUGACGGACUACGUUCUCUGCAAUCCCAUGUGGUCUUGACCAUGGGGCUAUUAAACAAUCCAACAACGUGAGAGCAGAUGCCACAAAAACCAGCCAAGAAAAGAUUCUUGCCAUUCAUCGAAAUUAAUUUCAUAUCACAGUCAACGAAUGCAUGCAACUUGGUAGCAUGGAAUGGGGUUUGAAAAUCUGGACCAAGUGCGCGUGUUUAUAAAUUCUCAGCUCCACAUUUUCCUGAUUUACAAAGUUCAUCUAUUCUCAAGUCUGAAGAAAAGUCAGACUUCUUCUUGAUAUUCAAUCAACAGUCAAUCUUUUUUAGCAGCUGUUUCGGAUAUCCAGGUUAUGACAGGCAGAGAAAUGGUUAUGAUGUGCAAUUCCGUAAUUAAAUACGGGAGUAUUUGUUCCCUUUAAUGAUUGAAGAAUUCUUUAUGUGUAAUAUGCAAACAUACAGGUAUUUGUACAGAAAACCAAAUAAUGACAGUUUCAGCAGCUUGUAUAGUGUACUACUCAUAUUGUGUUAAGGGGGGUGUUUUGAAACCUUAGAAUUUUUGUUCAUGUUGCCUCCAAGUUUUUUUUAAAAAUUUAUAAUUUCUUUUAAAGCUUUUAGGCCCAAACAAUGCGUGCUAAAUACAGCUUAAAUAUGCAACAGUGGUGGAAGUGAGAUACAAACACACAAGGCACAGGUUGUACAUUUUCAGAGACAAUUUGAAGUACAUACUAGUAGUACAUGAUUGUCAAAAAAUAACCUGGGAAAAUUUUUGAAAAUUGAAACACAGAAGCAAAAUUUUGUUACAAAAUGUGAUGCACUCAACAGUUAACAUAGGAAAGGGCCUUCUCCCCUUACAUCUAAUAACGUGCAAUUACGUGUAGAUAGUGUACUGUACAUUAGACAGGGUAAAAACAAUAAUGUGCUCCUUGCUGUUUUCUUGAGUGAACUAAAUACAGUGUGCAAUAUUUGAGGAAUGAGGAUUAUGGACCGUUUUCUUGCCCUGAAAUGACUGUUUCCGAGUCCAUAUUCAAAGCAUUUAAAAUGUGGAAGCAUAAUAUCAAUGAGAAAAGAAAAAAAAAGGAUUUAUCGACAUGAAACCAAAACUAAAACAGAUUUAAAUCCAGCCAUCACACGUCAGAAUGCAAGUCAACUCAGAACUCACGGUCAGAGAGAGAGGAAGCAAUACCUUUUUCACAAUUCAUUAGAUUAUGCUUGUGAUUCUAGACUGGAGAACAUGUGACUGGUGAGCCUGGCAACUGACUUGCAAUGCCUUGAUUAGACCUCUUUUCGGGAGCAAGACUUGUUCAGUUCAAAGGAAGUUUUUGUAUAGAAUUUCCAUCCCAGGCAAACAAACAUGUCCAUGUGCUAUAAAAUGUGCAACACUGGUAAUGGAUAUUCUAAACAUGUGUCUAGAAGCAUAAAUGCACAAAUGAGCACACAUGCUCAAAUCAUUAUUUUGUGAUGUCAAUGAUUAUAAUGAAUACCUUGUGCAACGACUCAUGCCUGUUAAGUGCAUGAAUUGAACACUUUAACAUAAACAUGUAGGUCAUGAAGCAAGUUUUAAUCAAAAUGAAGUAGGAUAUGGGGCACACAUCCUCCCCUCCCAUGAUACUAACAUAUUUUUUCCAAGAAACCUAGAUAAACUGAAGCACACCCCAUAUGUCACAUUCCUGAAAUAUUUUCCUUUUUUGUCUGACACUGGAAAUCUUUCUUAUUUUUCAUUAGAAUGCCGUGUUAUCCACAAGGCACUGCCCCAAAAGAUAACCUCCAGAAGAUUGGAUUUCCCAGUACAUGUAUCUAGUCAUUUUCAAUGAGGCUAUAAUUAACAAUUGUCAGAUGCCGUGAUUAGAGAUGUGGAUAAAGGUUUAACUUGGAUGAUUGGAACAUGAUGUGGUUUGCACAAGACAACUAAUUGUCUAAUGGAACUAAUGGAUCAUUUUUAUGGGAAGCUGAUCUGUCAGGCUGUUUGGACGAUGAUUGUAAUCCAAACAGCAUGACAGAUCAGCUUCCUAUGAAAACGAUUAAUAACUGAUCAAUCCCAUAGCAACAGCAGAGCAAAAUAUUCGCAGUUCUUUUGUGUAAUCCCCAAGAAGCAGCAUCCGAUAAUUACACAUUUUACAGCUGAAAAACUGUCCCCACUAUUAUUUUCUAAAAAAAGUAAGAGAUGCUAACUAUACCCCCUUUGAGACUGAUGCUCUUCAGUUUACUUGUACAGUAUUGUGAAAUGUGGAAAGUGCAUUUAGCAUGCCACAAGGUCAAACCAGGAUGUAGGGUUAUAUGUUCACCUGCUUCGCACUUACAAACCACUCAAAGGGAAAUUAUUAACUGCAUCCAAAAAGGCAGCAAAUACAGCACAUGUAUGUCGUGCGACCAAACAGUACUUCCUCAUGUUCAGUUUCAGAAAGGCAUCUCGGUCCAGUUAAGCAACAUGUGCGACCAUACAUCAUGCUCAGUGAUAAACUAUGAAAGUAAUGGACAGUGUAGUAAUAAAUGGAGUAUGUGAAAACUGUUCCUUGUGUAAGCCAGCCUGGUUUGAACCCGAAGAUGUGAUAAAUUUAUGCAGUGGAAUAGAUGAAGGGACAGACCAGGCUAGUGUUUAUCGUAAUGCAAAUAUGGAACGUGUUACUCAUACAUUUUUAAGUUCUUUAUCAAGGUAGGAACCUUUUUUAAAGUUACGUUUUUACUUGCAAGACUUGUUGCAUGCCUAAAUGUUAGUCUUCGACCAAAAUGUGAACCUGAAAUAAAGUGAAAUACUGGAGAAAAACAAAACUCUUUUUAUGUGUCAUGUAAAAUAUAUGUCCUUCAGUUCAUUGGAAAGUAAACUGUUGAAAAAAAAUGAAAUUUGCCACAGGGAGAAAAAUCUAUUCUCCAAAUUUGGGAAUGCUACAUCUUUACUGGGUAAGAAUUCAAAAGUUUCUGAAUAGAUUAGCAAAAAAUGCAAGGUCAUCACAAAAUGAAACCAAACCACUUGGUCGAUGUACACUUGUAUGAUUACACCCACAUUUUUAUUUCUUUAUUUCCUUCAGUACAACAUAUUUUACCAACUGUUUUCUUUGCAUCAUAAACAAAAAAUAUUCUGAUAAGCAUAAAAGUGCACAAUAAGGGUGAAUUAAAAAGCAACGGAUAUGACUCCAGAUUGGUUUUUUUUUCUGUUAAGGUUAUUUCACAGUUUGACCAAGUACAUUCACCUCAUCAGAAAUACAUUACAAAAUAGAGUAGGGACAAUCACAGAUGGUUCGGGUGGGGGGGGGGCGAUGUGACCCUCCCCAACACUUCCUUUUUUUUACAAAUAAAGGGAAAGUGGUGACUUGGA